AUGGCCAUUCCGUCGAUGGUGAUAGUCACGUCAGGCAGCGGCUCUUUCUUGGGUUUUCCCGGUUGGAUCAUGGGCAGCUCCGAUUUACAUCUCAGCGCCCGACACCUGAUGAUCCAACUCCACAAGUUGGUCGUCAAGCUGGCAACGAGGCACGCACCGCGUGGGAUACUCGCCCUCGACCUAAAAGGAUCGUUUGACAAUGUGUCCCAUGCGAGCAUGUUGCAGAAUCUGAGCAAGACCAGGUGUGGACGCAAGACAUUCGGCUACAUAAACGACUUUCUGUUAAACCGAACGGCUACCACCAGGAUAGGGGAGGAGAAGUCGGACCCUGUCGAGCUCGGCAAUAGGGGCACUCCUCAGGGAUCGGUCUUGUCACCCCUGCUCUUCAAUCUGGCCCUCCUGCCCCUGCCCGAUAUGCUCAAGCAAAUCGAAGGUGUGGACCACGCAUUCUACGCCGACGACAUCUCGUUGUGGACGACCCAAGCCGGGUCCGAUGCCUGGGCGGAGGAAGCCUUGCAGCGGGCAGCGACGACCGUGCACGAGUACGCCAAGUCGUGGACUGAGCUGCGCUGCCCAGAAAUCGGAGCUACGUGCGCGGAGGAUCCAGGCGUGAGCUUUCACGUUUGCCCCUACCCUGCUGCCGCUGUCACCUGUCCUUCUUUCAUUGUUACAUCAAGCCCAUGUGGUUAA